AGUCACGUGCGCCAUGCAAGCGAGGACGACGAUGGCAACGGUAAUGGGAGUGGUGCUGGUGGCGCUGGUGGCGGUGGUGAGCGGGCAGAACUGCUCGCUCCCUGACAGCGACAAGGUCAACUGUGGGCAUGUGGGGACGACGCAGGCCGAGUGUGGAGCACACGGCUGCUGCUGGGCGCCUGAGGGCAAGAACUCGGGGACGCCGUGGUGCUUUUAUCCGGCGGGUGGGCCUGUGCCUGGUGGUGCGCCGUUUAACGCGACCGAGGUGGCGAUGAUGCGUGGGUUCAUGCGGGCGAACCUGAAUAUUGAUAACCUGGGUGGCGUUGUUGCCUCGCCGGAUCGCAACACGCCAGGUGGAACGUACUACUGGAACUGGGAGCGCGACGCGGCGCUGUCGAUGCGGAUGUGGUACGAGCACUCGGACGACUCGGCAAGCAACCUGGCGGCGAUGAUGGACUCGUACGUCCAGUGGGUGCUUCGGGCGCAGAACCAGGUUGAUCCGAAUGGAAUUGAUAUCCGUGCGGAGCCCAAGUAUCAUCUGCCCAAUGCCAACGUGUUUACCGGAGGAUGGUGCCGGCCGCAGGAUGACGGGCCGGCGCUGCGGUCAACGACGCUCAUUCUGUUUGCGACGGAUCUGCUGGCGUCCAACUCGAUGAGCUACGUGGCCAAGUACCUGUGGACCGGCUCUGAGAGCCAUUAUCACGGUGGGGCCAUCAAGUAUGAUCUUGACUAUGUGGCAGCCAACUGGGCGUCGGACACUUGCGAUCUGUGGGAGGAGCUGCGGUCGAACGACUUUUUCUGGAACCGGUACAACUACUACCGGGCGCUGGUGGAUGGUGCGGCGUUUGCGACCAAGAUGGGUGACUCUGAGUCUGCGGCGACGUACUCUGCGGCGGCGGGCAAGGUACUUGCGGCGCUCGGCGACCACUGGAACGGGCAGUUUAUUCAGGAGUCGAGCAACCGGCAGAAGGGUGCGUCGGUCAUCUGUGCUCUCAACGACGCGUACAUGGGAUCGUCGGUGGAAGCCAACUUUGCGCCGACCUCGUCGUGGGUGGCGGCAACGGUGAACGUGCUCUCGGCAACUUUCACCGACAUGUUCAAGAUCAAUACCAUCGACACUCAGAACGGCAUCCCGGGAGUUCUCUACGGGCGGUACGCUGGUGACACGUAUGCAGGUGGCAACCCGUGGAUUCUCACCACCGCCGCGCUUGCGCAGCUGCACUAUCGGGCUGCAAGCGAGGUGGUCAACGUUGGCAAGCUGCCGCAUGACGCGCUCCCGCACUAUGCCGAGAUGUUCGGCGAGAGCGCAGAGUCGCUGGGUAAGCUCUCCGUCGCCAACUUUGCGCUUCGGCUCGCAUCGGCCGGCGACGGCGUUCUCGAGCGCAUUCGCUAUCAUGUUGCUGGCGCUGGCUUCCACCUCUCGGAGCAGCUCGACCGCGACACCGGGUUCGAGAUGUCGGCCACCGACCUCACCUGGUCUUACGCCAACGUGCUCAAGGCGGUUGCUGCUCGCGAUGCCUUUGUCGUUGCUUACGAGCGCAUGAUGGCUUGAGUCGUAAAACGCAAGAGCUAUGUGGA